AUGGAGUGGCAAGAUUUCUGUACCACUUUAGUCUUGACAAAAACGGCUUGGGAUUUGCUACCAGAAGACUUACUUGGGAAAGAACUUGAUACGGAAGAACUCUGGAAUAACUUCUACAAGUUAUACUCCAAACAUAUAGGCUUCAGCUACAGGAAAGAUAGUACAAGAAAGGAAAAGGACGGUGAACGUUGGGGUAGGCGGUGGUGCUGCUCGAGACAAGGUUUUAGGAGACGGAAGUGGUUGGAACUAGAACACCGUUCAAGAGCGGCGGCAUCUGAAACACGUUGUGGGUGCGAAGCUAGUAUUCGGGUAAUAAGAAGCAAAACUACAAAUAAGUGGGUAUGUAGACAUUUCAACCCUAACCACAACCACGAAUGUGCGUCACCACAAGAAAUCAGGUUUCUCAGAUCAAAUCGCAAUGUCACUGAUGACGUUGUUGCAAGGUGUGAGUCAAUGAAACGGGCUGGCAUGAAAAAUGUUCAAAUAAUAGACUUUAUCGCAUUAGAAUCGGGGGGACACGACAAGCUCCCUUUCCUUGAAAAGGACAUCCAUAACAAACUAAUGCGAGUGCGCAACGCAAAGGACCAACAUCAAAACAUCACGGACUCAGAUGGCAUGCUUGGUUACAUUAGGUGCUUGGCGAGGAACCACGGCGAGGACUUUUACUGCGUCUACAAUGCCGAUGAAGAAAACAGAUUGUGUAACAUAAUGUGGUCGGACGGGGUUUCGAUGAGAGAUUACGCAGUCUUUGGCGAUGUCGUGGCCUUCAACACAACAUAUAGGACUAACAAAUACCACAAACCUUUGCUUUUGCUAGUUGGGGUAAACAACCACUGGAGGACAAUAGUGUUUGGCAUUGCUCUCCUUCUCGACGAAACAGUUGAUACGUUUGUCUGGGUUCUACAGAUGUUUCUCCAAGGAAUGAAUAAUUGGAAGCCAAAAGUUGUCGUUACGGAUGGUGACAAUGCCAUGAAGAAUGCCAUAGCGCAAGUCUUUCCAGAAUCUAAGCACAGGCUAUGCGGAUGGCAUCUAAUGGAGAACGUAGCAAACAAUGUGAAGGAUAUAAACUUCAAGCGGGACUUCAAGGAAAUUAUGUACAGAUACUACUCCAAACCUGAGUUUCUCGAUAGGUGGCAUUCUUUGAUUCUGGCAUACGAACUAGAGAACAACUACUAG